CUUGAUGCUUUUGUCUUUGUACUUCAUAUCAUGAACUCUUGUUUUGCGGCAACAGAAAUGUUUACAAAGCUACAUUGCUACAGUAUACCUUAUUGGUCUGCUGAAUCGUCUGCCAAGGAUACCUUGCUUAGCCUACCUGGCAACGUCCUGGCAAAAUUGUUGGCAAAUUUUCUCCCCUUCACCCUGUGAUUAUGUGAUCGAAAGAGCGCUCUCUGGGCAAGUACUCUCUCAAAAUCAGAGUUUCCUGUGCCUUUUGUGUUAGGUUUUUUGUCUGUUGCAAGACUUGCUUGUUCGUUGCUGGUGCAGGCCUCCUCCUGAUCUCCAGCAUAGCCUGUGUCAGAAGAAGACGUUUUCUGUCAAAACCACAGAAAAGGUGGACUGAAGGUUAUCGGGAUUUGCUGAUAAAAAGGUACUGCUCACUCUCUUGAGAUUUAUAGGUUUAUGAGAAUGGUUGUUAUGAAACCAAUAGGAUAGAGUACCAGAAGGGGAUAUAUGUUGGCCACGAGUGUGGGGUAUAGACGGACAUGAUAGCCGUAGUUAUGGGGUGCAUAGAGAAUCAAAGGUUUUGUGAAAAUUCUUACUUCGUAGAAAAGUUUCCCUUAUCUUGUUUGAUAAGCAACUGAAAGAUGCAGCUAGGGAAUUAUCUAGCCAAGUGUUCUUGGACGAGAUUGAAACUUGUUCCUUGGAUGCCAAAAUUCAUCUAUAUCACAACUUCAAAAGAAAUAUAAAAAUUUAAUUUCUACGGUUUGCAUAACUGUUAAAUCACCAUGAAAGGAACCAUAGCAUCCAGUGGGUAGUUGAAUGUGACUAGCACAAUCUUUUUUUUUUCCCUUCUUUUUUUCUAUAGAUUUUGUGCACAAGGGACACAGCAUAAUGGACAGGUGCUUGCACAGACACACACACACACACUAAAGUCAACCUUGUGCAGAAAUGGCUAUAUGCACAGUUGUGAGAGCCUCCUAGAUUUUCAUACUUCUGAAGGUUCUGAUCAGGUGGUACAAACCUAAUCUGGAUAGAAGGGGUAGAACAGGGUGUCUAAACCCAGCUCAACCCUUUUGGGUUUCUCCUAAAACCAGAUUGAAGUAGGUUUCCAUUCUUCGAUUUGAUUCCGGUACCUAUCCGAUCUUCGGACCAGUCCAGACCAUGCCUACCCUACCUCUGACUUUUUUUUAAGUCUCAGAAACUGGGUAAUGCUUUACUGUCCAAUUCUGCUCUAGAGAAACAUCAAGAUUUCACUUCCAUUUUACUCCACAUUAACUUACAAACUCCUAAUAGCUUUUGGACUGUGGGAUAGCAUCAAGAAUCAUAUUCUGCUGUAUCAGUGCAUCUAUAGAAUAUAAUUGGCCGUCCGUUGUCUCACUUUUUGGCUUUUACUAACUACUGAUAUUAUUGAGGAUCCGUCUAUUCCUGCAAUUACUUUAAUUCAAGCUUUGCGUUGCCCUCAUGCAUUAGUCCAAAAAGAAUGACGACGAUCAAGCAUCUGAUCAUCCUUCCAGCCACCCUUUUUGCCGAGUCCUAAUCCUGUCAAAAUCGUGUGCUUUGAGCUUUACAGUCGGGGUUUGGGGUGGGAUUAGGUACCAAAAAUGCAACUUUAAACCAAAGAUAAUGGUGAAGGAAUAACUGAUUAAACGAACAUUUUAAGACAGAGAAGACAUAAGAGGGAUGAACUACAAGUUAGGUCAGUUACACGUGUCAGCCAUUUAGCAGCCCACCCUGUUUCCCAGGCUAUUGAGUAUUGACUAUAAUUUGUUAUCUUCUUCAUUUAACGGCCCAAGUACGUAAUACAGUGUGAAAGGAAAACUUUUGUUUUUUUUUUUGCAGGUUUUCUUCUUAUAAAGCCCCCUGCGGCCUGCCUUCCCUGAGAGAAAGGAAUCUGUGGACUUUAAGCAACCUUUGCUCCAAGCAAUUCUGCAGUUCCCCCUCUUCCCUUGCCUUUUUUCCAUGGAUGGGUUUUGCAUCUAUGUCCAAGUCCCCCUUCUUCCUCCUGUUCUUAUGGAGCUUUGAGCUUUGAGGUGAAAACUGUUGGCAGCCAUGGCUGAAGGAAGAAGAGCAGUAACCCAUGAAGAUCUCGCGCCGUCCCCAGGAAGCACGGAUUUGGGCAGCAGAACUGCCAUAUCCCUCGUGCUCCUCACGGUCCUCUGUGGACUCCUCUGCUUCGCUCUCUGUCUCAUUGCUGAAGCCUCCCGUUCUCAGGAUACAUGGGAGGAUCACCAGUGUGUGUAUAGUGGUAGCGGAGAGACGCCGUUGAUGUGUGGUGCUAUUGCGUUCAUCGGACUCGCGGUGGCGAUGGUAGUGGAGCACACUUACCUGUUGUUUGCAGCGAGCAAAGCCCCGCCGCCGGCUCUGCUCGCUUGGGACCCUAACUAUGGCCCUUCCAAGGAUGUUACAUGGCAGGCUGGUGCCUUUUUCAUCAGCACUUGGGUAUGCUUCGCGGUGGCGGAAAUCCUGCUGCUGAUCGGACUGAGCGUGGAAUCGGGUCACCUGAAGAACUGGGCUACCCCAAAACAGAGCUGCCUGGUGAUCAGGGAAGGAGUGUUUGCCGCGGCCGGAGUGUUCUCCCUCUUCACCGUGCUCCUAGCCGGCGGGCUGUACCUAACUGCAUUUCGCGCGCAAAGAAUAUCCCAAGAGCACGAAGCCGCGCGGCGGCAGAUAAUAGACGUCUCGGUGCUCUACGCUUCCCCGCCGCGCUCGCCACCACGGGCGCGGGAGCAUAUCCCGGCGGCCGAGAGGGAAGACCCUGUUCGCAGGCAAGACCAGGCUGACCAUCUCUCCGUCGCAUUGCCGCCGGCUUUGAUCAAGCAAUUGAGUUUCGUAUAGUAAAUGAAAUAAGAGAAGGAAAACAGUUUUCUUCUGUAACAAGAAUGGUGAGCCAGGUCACUUGUCAGGCAGAAAAAGGGCUACCUUACAAGAGAAAUGCACAUACUGAUACUAUGUACUGUACAUUUUUUUUUUUUUUGGUGGAAGGAAGGCUGCUUUUGCUUCUCGAGUUUGUGCGGUUGUGCCAUAUGAUAUAACCAAUCCAAUGGGUACAUGCCACAUUUGGUCAUUGGGAUUACUAAAUCAUGUUAUGUUUAGUCACUAGAAUUACUAAAACAUGUCACAUUUAGUCACUCUCUCGUUGCUUCUUCGCCAAGCAAUUGCUGAUAAGAGGCUAGGUGGUGUGAAAGUUGCUCCUAGAGCUCCUCGUAUUUCGCAUUUAUUCUUUGCAGAUGAUUCUUACUUAUUCCCAUGGUUCAAAAAGGCACGCUUAAUCUUACGCUUAGGCACGCCUAGGCGCAAGGCUAUGGCAAAACGCCUCGCCUAGGGGUUUCACGCCUAAUUAGAUACUGAAACACGUCAUGGAGUAAGGCGAUAUAUAAGUCUCUCUUGAACAUUACUAGAUGGAGCUAGUAAGUCAAUAUUAAAGGCCAAAAUUAACAUCAACUACGAAAUCAAUUUUCUAUUGCAAUAUUUUCAAUAGCUCAAGAACUUUGUGAGCUAUUGAGCUAUGAUUCUAUGAAUUCGUGAGCUAUGUUCUUGUCAUUAAGUGUUGAGUAAGUUAUUAAUCAUUUUAACUGAAGUGAGGAAGUGUUGUAGAUAAUUAUUUCACUCAUCAUGUAGUGCGAAUAGCUAAUUUUCUUCCAACGCCUAGGCACGCUUAGUCUACGCCUAGGCGACCUGGGCGCAAGGAAAAGGCUCAACGCCCGCCUUACGCCUAACGCCUUUUUGAACCUUGCUUAUUCCUGCAAGGUAAUCUUCAGGAAUGUGAAAAAAUCUGAUCGAAGUUCUAAAUGAAUAUGAAGAGUUAAGUGGUCAACGGGUAAAUUUGGGCAAAUCAGCUGUCUGUUUUAGUAAGAAUAUAGUCCCCGCCGAUCAGGAGUUUCUGACUGCGAUUCUGGGGGUGGGUGCGGUAGGGGUCCAUGAUAAAUAUUUGGGGCUUCCGACCCUGAUAGCCCGAUCAAAGAUGGCUACCUUCCGUUACCUUGAAGAAAAACUGUUGGAGAAGCUACAAGGGUGGAAGCAACGUACAUUAUCUUGGGCAGCGAAAGAAACCCUGAUUAAGUCCAUCGCUUUAGCUUUACCGCUGCAUGUUAUGUCUUGCUUCAAGAUGCCACUGUCACUGUGUAGGCUUCUGGACAAGCAUGUCGCUCGGUUCUGGUGGGGGUGUCUGAGGGUCAGUCAAGGAUUCACUGGAUGUCCUGGAGAAAUAUGUACAAAAGUAAACAUGACGGGGGCAU